CACGCACACGCGAACGCGAAUAUAGACUCAAUCGCCGUCCAGCUUCUGGAUUCGAACAAGGUGCAAGGAGAGGAGGCGAAGGCAUCCCCCGGAAAACUUAAUCUGUGCCACCAAAACGAAAAAUUAAGAACGAAAUGUCUGCCAAAGCUCCCGCCUCGUCCGUUCCCGCGAAAACUGUCUUCACCACCUCACGGGCCUACCUCCUCCUGUACAACACGGCAUCCUUCGCCCUCUGGAGCGUCAUCACUCUUCGUCUGUUUCUUCUCUUAGCUCUGCUUAUCCCCACCGGCCAUGUGGCAGCCACCUACAAUGCGCUCUUCCCGCUGCUGCGGGUGACGCAGUCGCUUGCGCUGCUGGAGAUUGUGCAUUCGCUGGUGGGCAUCGUGCGGGCACCGGUGACUACGACGCUGAUGCAGGUUGCGAGCAGGAUUGUGGUGGUUUGGGGAGUGAUGUGGAUGUUUGCGGAGGAGAGGGUGGGGAGGGAAAUGGGAAUCCUCGGUGGGGGUAGAGGAGGGGGAGGGAAGUUGGGAGAUUGGGGGUUCGUCGGGUGUUUGGGAGCUUGGGGAGUGACAGAAUGUGUGAGAUACGGGUUCUUUAUGCUGCAGAUUUCGGGCAAUGGAGUGCCUGGAUGGCUUAGUUGGUUGAGGUAUAAUACCUUCUUUGUGCUGUAUCCGAUCGGGAUUUCGAGCGAGUGCGUGUUGAUGUAUCUUGCCUUGGAGCCGGCGAUCAUGGUGCAUCCGUUACUGCCGUGGGUGUUUAAGGCUAUUUUGUUAGUUUAUGUCCCAGGCUCGUACAUCUUGUACACGCAUAUGAUGGCUCAAAGACGAAAGGUUAUGAAAGCCGCGGCAAAAAAAGCCACCUGAGACGAUGCAUACGUAUGCGAUUCUCCGGAAUUCUGCAUCGGACGCAGCAGUUUGUACGAUAGAAAGUGAUUUUUCAUUGGGUUACUGCAAAGACAUUUGGGAGACAUGGGUACAUGGUGUGCAUCGAUCAAAACGGUAUCGGAGCACAAGGAUGUCUGUUGGUAUGGAUUGUUAGGAGUGUACGGAUAAAG